GGAAAGUCAGGUUUCAGACUCAACUUCAGCCACUUAAAGAGCACUGAGAUGCUGGGGACCUGCCUUGGGCUCCUGGCCUGCACCGUGAGCUUAGUAGGAGCCUAUCCUGAUGCCUCCCCAUUGCUCACCUCCAGCUGGGGUGGCCUGAUCCAUCUGUACACGGCCACAGCCAGAAACAGCUACCAUCUGCAGAUCCACAAAGAUGGCCACAUAGAUGGUGCACCCUAUCCGACCAUCUACAGUGCCCUGAUGAUCAGAUCAGAAGAUGCUGGGUUCGUCGUGAUAACAGGGGUCACAAGCAGGAGAUUCCUCUGCAUGGAUUUCAGAGGCAACAUUUUUGGAUCUCACCACUUCAAUCCCCAAGACUGCCGAUUCCAACACCGCACGCUGGAAAACGGUUACGACGUCUACCUCUCUCCCGAGCACCACUUUCUGAUCAGCCUGGGCAGGACCAAGAAGUUCUUCCUGCCGGGCACCAACCCACCGCCCUACUCCCAGUUCCUGUCGCGCAGGAACGAGCUGCCCCUGGCCCGCUUCGUCACGCCCGGGCCGCGGCGACACACGCGCAGCGCGGAGGAGGACCAGGGCCGCGACCCGCUGAGCGUGCUCAAGCUUCGGCCCCGCGCCACGCCCGCGCCCGCCUCGUGCUCGCAGGAGCUGCCCAGCGCGGAGGACGCGGCCCAGGCCAGCGACCCCCUGGGCGUGCUGCGGGGCGCCAGGGUGCACGCGCACGGCGGGCCGCGCCCCGCGAGGUGCCGCCCGGGACCCGGGGCCAAGUAA